AUGGGCCGCCGGCAUACAGUCCUGCUUCAGAGCAGUGGCCGUGCGUUUGGCCUCGGGGCGAACAAGCACGGACAGUGCAACAUCCCAGAGAUCCCCAGCAACCUGGAGUAUGUACAGGUCGCAACAGGCACUGCACACAGCGUCCUACUACGUAGCGAUGGACAUGUCAUGGCGUGUGGCGACAACAGGGCUGGCCAAUGCGACGUUCCACCUUUAGAUGAUGGCUUUAAGUAUGUGCAAGUCUCUGCCGCUGGGGAUCGCACCUUGCUCCUGCGCAGCGAUGGCAAGGCUUUAGCAAUAGGAGAUACGUUGCCUCCGCUCACAGACUUUCCUGAGUUAGAGGGAGACAGGAAAUUCGUCCAAGUAGACGCAGGCCUGUUUCAUACGGUCUUGCUUACCAGCGAUGGCCAGACGUUUGUGAGAGCGGACAACGAAAUUCACGAGCUGACAGUUCCAGACUUGCAAGACAACCAGAGGUACGUGCAAGUCUCGGCUGGUGAUUUCCAUGUAGUGUGGCUGCUCAGCGAUGGCACCGUGGUUGCCGCUGGAGACAAUCGCUACGGCCAGUGUAGCAUCCCGUCCCUCGAGGAUUCGGAGUACACGAAGGUCUCCGCAGGAGGACUUCACACGGCCCUGCUUUGCAGUGAUGGACGUGUGCUGACCGUCGGGAACAACCGGUGCGGACAGUGCAACGUGCCUGACCUGCCGGCAGGUCUUAGAUAUGAAGACAUCUCCGCUGGAGACCUUCACACGGUUUUGCUUCGAAGCGAUGGCCGGGUCCUGGCCUUCGGUGACGACCACUGGGGACAGUGCCAAGUCCCCGAGCCUGAGGCAGGUGAGGUCUACGUGUCCAAUUGGCCGGCUAAUUGUGCGCCCAUUGUGGUCCAGCUGGUUCCUAGCGACUCAGACUGCAAACAUUGGCAAUGCUUCAGCCUGGCUGGACGCGCCGUGCUAAGUUUUGCGUUGUCCGAGUUCUGCUUGGAGGAGUUUUGGACACGUCUGACACAACAGCUGCAUGCCCCGAAGCGAAAGCUCCAGGUAGUUCUGCCAAACGGUGAGCGCUUCUGCGACAGCAAGUUGUGCAGCCUCGCCUCCUACCGGGCAUUGGGUGCCUGA